GGUUAGGGGAGUUAAAUAGCUUAUUAAGUGCCUCUAGCUUAUUUAGUUGUCUAUUUAGUCCCUGCGUGGACUUUUGCUAUAAAUAGAAGCUGGGGUAGCCAUAAUAGGUAGACUGUUAUUUGAUUGAAUGUUGCCUUGUUGCCUAAGAGUCCCGGUUGCCUUUGUUGCCUAAGUUGAGACUAUUCCUAUCAAUAAACAUCAUCUUCCCUAUCCUUUUAUCAGAUCUGUGUUGCUUGUUACUGUUUGUGCUCAGAUUAUUAACAGGUUCCUAUCAUUGGUAUCAGAGCAUCACUGCUCCUGGGGAUCCGAUUGAAGUGUCACUUAUCAUCGAUCGACUACCCUGGAGCUAUGGAAGAAGCCUGGACACCAGAAAUGGAGGCUCGCUUGGAUAAGCUCAAACUGGAGAUGAAGACGGCUAUGGCCACCCUCGCGACAGCGAUGAAGGAACAGAUCCAUAUCAGCAUCGCGACUGCGAUAGCAGCGAUGAUGGAACAUAAUCCGUCCAGGGGGAAAUCACGAUCACAACUUCAUCAUCAUUCUCGAUCAUCGCAUAGUCCGACGCGGGCCAUUACUUCGAUUUCAUCAUCGCGAACCGCAUCAUCUCCCAGUUCCCCGUCACAGGUUUCUUCUCGGUUUUCUCAGUCGCGAACUCCUUCGCGGACGACAACUGCUCCCAGUUCGCAAGCUUCACCGCGAACAGAGUUCCCUAGUUUGCCAUCUCUCGGCGUUCGUCACCAGUCGUCAUCGCGAGAAGAUCUUCGCAGUUCAGGUUCACCACUAUCAGUUUCGCUGAGUUUGCAGGUUUCAUCUCAGCCGCAAACCCCUUCUCCCAGUACGCGAGCAUCUUCGCUAACAGGAUAUUCCAGUUCGCCUGCCCUUUUGCAAUUCGCAUCUCACGGUGCGCAGGUUCCAGCAGUCCGACAUGAGGGAGUCAUUCAGCGGCAACUUCCAUCUGAGGUUAAAUUCAUUGAUGAUGAUGGACCAGAGAAGAAAUCGUCUGUGGUGAAUCCAGCCUUUGAUGAUAAAAUUGCUGGUGCAAAUACUGCGGAAGGAUCAGGUACAACUAAUUUUACAGAAUCUGUUCAGCAGGAAAUCCUUAAUGUCACUAAACAAAUAGAUGGAUCUCAAGCUACAUCUUCCACUGCUUCUAUACAAGAAGUUAAGGGCAGAAUGACAGAUGUGGCAUUCACCAAUGUCCUAAAAAAUGAAUUAAAAUCAGACACGAUACAGAUGGUUACCAAAAUGCACCAGUCAGUAAACGAUAUUGCCAUAUCUCAGGAAGAGGAACCGUUAGGGAACAUUGUGAGAACCACUUCUCUGGAUUUGGGUGCCUGGACUACCUGUAUAAAGGAAAUUGAGAAAGCAGAUAAGGGAAACAUUCUGAAGAAAUAUGUUGAUCACGAGGCAUGUAUUGGUUCUGGGGAUAUAGUUGGGGAGGUUCUGGGAAUUCCAAAUCAACAGUUAGAUCGCUACUUUGAAGAUUCCAAGGUGUUGGUUGACAGGAGGCCACGAUCACAAUGGCAAACUGAUGAAGAAAAGGAAUCUGCUGCUGUUUAUGUUAGCUCGGGGACUACCCUUGAUGCCAAAAUGGUUGCUGAAAAUGCUAGGGGAAUGACACCAGUUUAUAUUCUUUUGCUAAAUGGAGGUGUAGGUUUUGAUAACAUGGUUUACACACUUACUAAUAGAAGAGGGAUGGAGGAGGGUGUUGCUUAUGCUGAAAAUCAGAAUAAGCCUAUGGUGGUUGACAGCGUGGUAAUAGUCCUGGGGGCCUUGGCGAAGUCAGGGGUGCAUCCACAGAAUAUUGCAAUUGAAGAAUCAGUGUUCACUCAAUCUGAGGCCAAGCUGGGGAUGUUAGUAAGGGGUAAAGUUAAUACUGUUGACAGUUUUUAUGACAUUUUUCAAAUUGCAAGUGGCACGAAAGAAAAUUUCCAGCCUCGACAUAUGUCAGAAAUUGUAGAAAAACUGGGGAAGAGAAGCUUGGAACCUGGUUUUGAAAAUUACCAACUUCUGGUUCUUGAUGUGGGUGUUUGCAAAUUGGUACUUUCUGCCAAGUACGCACUAAUCAGCCCGUCUCAACAUUUUCCCUUGGAUUUUAGUCAAGCCUUAACUACUGCUUUGGGAGAAAAGGCUGGAAAAUAUAUGGAACAUUAUCAUGAAGUCAGGAAAAGGGUGGAAUGCAAACAAGGAUUAACACGCAAGCAAACAAGGAUUAACACGCAAGCAGACCCAUUUUGCUGAAUGCAAAUAAGGGGGUUAGGGGAGUUAAAUAGCUUAUUAAGUGCCUCUAGCUUAUUUAGUUGUCUAUUUAGUCCCUGCGUGGACUUUUGCUAUAAAUAGAAGCUGGGGUAGCCAUAAUAGGUAGACUGUUAUUUGAUUGAAUGUUGCCUUGUUGCCUAAGAGUCCCGGUUGCCUUUGUUGCCUAAGUUGAGACUAUUCCUAUCAAUAAACAUCAUCUUCCUUAUCCUUUUAUCAGAUCUGUGUUGCUUGUUACUGUUUGUGCUCAAAACUUAGCACAAUAUUAAAA